AUGGUGUUAGAAAGUCUCGGCGGCCGGAUCACCGGCGCGCUGCGCAAAAUGACAAACUCUACUGUCAUCGACGAGGAAGCCCUAAAGGAGAUGCUUAAGGAAAUCGCUCACGCUCUGCUCGAGGCGGAUGUCAACAUUAAGAGCGUCGUAGAGCUGCGCAAGAACGUUACUAACCGCGUCAACCUCGAAGAGCUCGCUGCAGGUGUCAACAAGCGAAAGCUGAUUCAAAAGGCUGUUUUCGAUGAGCUAUGCUCUAUGCUUGACCCAGGCACUAAACCAGUGCAAAUGAAGAGAGGGAAGCCGAACGUUGUCAUGUUUGUGGGCUUGCAGGGGAAUGGAAAGACUACGUCCUGCGUCAAAUAUGCGUAUUACCAUCAACGGAAGGGGUGGAAGGCGUGCCUAGUAUGUGCAGAUACCUUCCGAGCAGGUGCCUUUGAUCAACUCAAGCAGAGUGCCACGAAAGCAAAGGUACCGUUUUACGGUUCGUACACAGAGACCGACCCAGUCAAGAUUGCGGCUGACGGCGUUGAUCGCUUCCGGAACGAAGGAUAUGACUUGAUCAUUGUCGAUACAUCGGGAAGGCACAAGCAAGAGGAUUCACUUUUUGCGGAGAUGGAACAAAUGGCACAGGCCGUGGACCCGAACGAUAUAAUUUUCGUCAUGGAUUCGGCUAUUGGGCAAGCCGCCCAUGACCAGGCUCAAGCCUUUAAGAGCAAGGUGAAAGUUGGGUCUGUCAUUAUCACCAAGCUUGAUGGUCAUGCCAAAGGUGGUGGUGCACUUUCGGCCGUGUCAGCGACGGAAUCACCGAUUACGUUUAUCGGGACUGGCGAACAUAUUGAUGAAUUUGAACCAUUUAAUACCCAAAACUUCGUUGGCAGACUUCUGGGUAUGGGUGAUGUGUCAGGCUUGGUGAAUACUAUCAAAGAAGCUGGCUUGCAUGAGAAUGUCGAAAUGGUGAAGCGCAUUACGGAGGGCAUUUUCACCUUACGCGACAUGUACGAUCAAUUCGAUUCCCUUGCCAAACUGGGGCCACUGAACAAAGUUAUGGGAAUGCUUCCGGGCAUGUCUGAAAUGAUGCAGAACGCGAAGGGCGUUGACGGUUCAGUCCGAAUUAAGCGAUUCCAACACAUCAUGGAUUCCAUGACAGUAGACGAGAUGGAGAACCCCAAAAUGAACUUCACUCAGAGCCGGAAAGAGCGCAUUGCCCGGGGAUGUGGUCGACAUCCGCAAGAAGUUGAGGAGCUACUCAUGGAAUACAAGAGAUUCUCGAAGGUUGUAGGGAAGGUGGGCAAGAUGUCCAAAAAGAAUAUGAACAUUGACCAGCUCUCGCGAAAUACGUCUCAAACGUUCCAACAAUUUAUGGAUCCAAGGAUGAUGGCACAAUUUGGAGGGGCUGGGGGUAUGCAGAAAAUGAUGAAGGAGUUGUCCAAGUCUAUGGACGGAAAGGGUUUGGGCGCACUUGGGUUUGGUGGAAGAUAACAUGUGUCGUGCAGCUGUGAUGUCCCAUGAUUGUGAAGAAAUAACAUAUUUGGAGUUUUGAGAUGGACAUACAAGGAGUUUGAUUUUUAUCUGAAUGUUCGAACACUGUUUGUCGGAGUUACGGGCGUGGUGAACGCCCCAUUGGGGAUGUACCCUGUUUCCGCACAUUCCUUUGAGAGUAUCGCGAUGCGUUGGAAGGGGCACAAAAAGCAUUGUGAUUAGCGUCGUUCGGGGUUAUUCUCUUUCAGCCUUAUCGCUAUCCUCGAUCUCUCCCCUUUCCCCCUCUCGAUGCAUACCCAGAAGCUUGGGAGGGAACUGUCCCUACCAAUAGAGCAUCCAUUAAGUUCGUGAGCUCUUCGUUCAGUUUUAACUGCAUCCUCGUGUCAUCUUCUAAUCUAUUUUGCCGGAUCUUGUUCUUCGUCCGUGAUCGGUGUGCAGCUUCACGGUUACGUUCGGCGCGAAGCAGUUUGGAUUUUUCGGAAAUCGAGAUGGCGCCACAGUCUUGACCAACGUUUUCAAAAUCCCUAUGCUUCUGUGGAUCUUUGCCAGCUGGUCUUGUCAAUCCCGCACCGGCUGAUGAAGCGGUACCGCGACUUGAAUUGCUUUGCUCAGAACGUCUUCCGCCUGAGGUUUUUCGUGUGGGACUCAUAUCCUUCCCGUGUGUGUAUAUACAGGAAGGAAAUGCGCGAAAUUUAGGGAUACUCCUUGUUUCUAGAAUACCGCAGAUGUUCCAAUCUUCUGAAAAUUGUCGUUGAGGUCAAGUUGAUGUCAAUCGUUUGGACACAGGUAGGAGGUCAAACGCUAAAUUUUUUGAUCCUGAGCGAUCUAUAUAACGCAAUAGUCCUGCCAAUACAAACAAAUCAGUACUCCUGGUGUGACUUUCCGCAGUUAACAAGCGUCGCAAUUCCAUGGGAAAAAACGUGUUGUAGCCGGUAAAGAGACAAAAACGUUUGCGA